UGUAAUUGGGCUUUAUGCAUAAACCCUAGUUUUUCGAAUUAAUUAAAUAUAUAAUAUCACAGCACAGAACAUUAUUAUUGAGUGAUGGGUUGUCUUUGAAACCUGAAUUUUGUUUCUCACUUGAUUGUGCUCUCAGAGUAGUUCAGAUCGAAUUUCUUUCUCGUUUACUGUUAUGGAAGCCUCGGAUGAUGCUGAAGCUGAAUAUGCUGCCUUUAAACAGAAGGUGAAAAAGACGGUUUAUAUUGACAACCUUUCACCUCUAGCAACUGAUGCUGUUGUGAAAACUGCACUGGGUCAAUUUGGAAAUGUUCUUAAUGUGCAAUUCAUUCCCAACUACAUUGGACCUAGUAAUAUGCCAGCUGCUGCUUUAGUGGAGAUGGAGAAUGAAAGGCAGGCUAUGAAAAUUAUAGAGGAAACCGCUGACUUUCCAUUCAUGAUAUCUGGGAUGCCAAGGCCUGUAAGGGCAUUGCCGGCUGAGAUGGAGAUGUUUGAUGAGCGCCCAAGGAGGCCAGGUAGAACAAUACAAUGUCAAUGGUUGGAAGAAAAGGAUCCUGAUUUUGAGGUAGCACAGGAGAUCAAAUAUCUUGUUAAGAAACAUGCUACUGAGGCUUCUCACUUGCUUAAGCAACAACUUGCAGAGGAAGAGAAACUUCAUAAUAAGCAUGGAGAAACCCUAAAAGCAAACCACAAGAAGUAUGAGCUGAUAGAUAGAGUUCUAGCUGAUGGAAGUGCUAGAAAGUUAGGGAACUGCUAUAACAUAAAGUUGCAAGAUAAUUAGGACUGGGUAUAUGUUAAAAUGUAUGUCGAGUAUGCGAUCUUGUUUUUAUGUCAAGUACAGUUGCAGUAGUCGCAUUAAAGUUCUAAUAUGCAAGGACUUGUUGGAGGUUUUCCUUGCAUAUCCGCAAUUUAUCCAACUAUUGGAAUCAGACAGAUGGACAGAUGAGCGCGGGGCCUAAGCUUUUGGGCUGCUGUUCUUUCUUGAAUGAUAUUUAGCUGACAAACUUAACAUAAUAUGAAACUUUUGGGUAUGA